AUGGAAAGGGAUUUUGUUUGCUUCUUCCCUCUGUGUGCAGGUUGGGCCCAAGUGGUGUGUGUUUGAAUAGGUAAUAGUAUGUGUGCUGAUGUUUGUUCUCUGUGUGUGUAUAGGUUGGGCCCAUGUGGUGUGUGCCCUCUAUAUCCCAGAAGUGGAGUUUGCUAACGUCUCCACCAUGGAACCCAUCGUACUGCAGUCUGUACCCCACGAUCGCUACAACAAGGUACACACACUUCACUCUGUCUGUUUGUAUCCCUACAUUUCUGUGUGUGACUGUUAUUUCCUCUGUGUGUGUAGAAGUGUUAUAUCUGUGAGGACCAGGGCAGAGAGAGUAAAGCUGCCACCGGAGCCUGCAUGACCUGUAACAAACAUGGCUGCCGACAAGCCUUCCAUGUCACAUGGUGA